AUUGUGAAACUGUGUGUGGUUUGACAGGAAAAACACAGCUAUGACUUUAACCCUGUGGUGUGUUAGAGAAAAACAGAACGGACAAAUUAAUGCAGUCAGACAGGGCAACCAACUCUAUAAUGUCUAUCUUUGUGAUACUGGGACUGCUGGUCUGCACAGAGGCACAAGGUACCAGCACUGGGACUCCUGUGUUUGUGCAGACAGGAAAAGAUUUAUUCCUGGAGGUCAACAAACCUGUUACUCCACUACUACAAGAAAAAGACUUUGAUUUUAGAUUUACACUUAAUGACAUUAAAAAUAUUGUAAAAUUUUCUACUGGUGGGCUUCCAAAAUUGUUUCACAAUAGAGCUGAAUUCGAUAAAGAAAAUUACACUUUAGUCUUGAAGAAUGUACAAAAGACUGACAGUGGAGAAUACACUGCAUAUGUUUCUGGUCAACAAGACCAACAAGUAGCUAAAUACAAGGUCACAGUUAUGGAUCCAGUGUCUCCAGUUAAGCUGGAGGUGAACUCCAGCAGCUCAUGUAACCUCACUGUGAUCUGCAGUACAACAGACUCUCACAUCAGCAGCACUUACAGGUGUGUCAACCAAACCUGCUCUCUGGAGGGAGAAGAGAGAUCAGAGGACACAACCUAUCCUUCUUUUAUCAAAGUCUACCUGCAGCAAGGCUACAUCAUCUGUAACCAUAGCAACCAGGUCAGCUGGGAGCAGGACACGCGGGAGAUUAAACCUCUCUGUGAGACACAAACAGGUUCACAGUCUGUCUCUGUGUGUCUGGUGAAGACAGUCGUGUUGUCUGUCGGCCUGAUCAUCAUGGUGUCUGCAGUCAUCAGCGUUCAUAUCAUGGAGAAGCGCAGGAAGCAAAAGUAAACAAAUAGUUCUCUACCAACCAAUCUUUUUAAUGCUAUUCCCCCGAUCUACAUUUGGUGGUGGUAACGCACCAAGAAAUGUAUGUAGAAGACAGCAAGCAAAGCCUCACACACUAAACAGGGAUGCUCUUGUUAGAGCUGAGAGGAGGAUCAUAUGGAAAUCCAGGUUUGAGAGCAGAUUACAUUACAAAACCAUAAAAAUGUAUAUUAUAUUUCCUCCGUUGUGCCAUACAUUGACACUAUCAUGUAGUAAGUAAAAAACUGUAAGCGGAAGAUAGAAACUGUUCACUGAUGUGUCACACAGAUACCGACCAGCAUUUUAAAUGUAUAUAUUUGGUUUGUUUUAUGUUUAGGUUUUUAGAUAUCCACCUCUAAAAAACGUUUCACCCUCUGUUUACCCUUUUUAGGUUUUCAUACUAUAUAUAGGAUAUCUCAUAUCUGACUGUACUCAAACAUAUAAGACUUGUGAAAUAUAUUAAAAUUUUAAAGCAUAAUUUAACAUAAAAUUUGUCAUUUAGAAGAGUACAUUAUAGCAUGACUGUGUGUUCCUGUUCUGAAAUGUGCAUAUAUAAAUAAAACUGCCUUGCCUUGUA